AUGGACCACGAUCAGAAUUAUUCCCUGCCACGGCCCUUGCCUAACGCCACGAUUGGAGACAAUGUUGGACUUCUGAAUAGCAACGAUCCUCCGGGAACGACGACGACGACGACGACUUCGACAAUGGAAUCCUCAUCAUACUAUCGAGGUCGACAUUCUCGGGGCAACUCCGGGGAUGACAGCUAUGAACUGAUGGAACCUCCAACCCCGACCAAGGCCCGAAGACUGAGCUCGGGUCCCUCCAGCGCCUCAUCGAUGUUUCGACGAUUAACCACCAAGAUUUCGGGCACGUCACGAUCCAAUUUUCGUUCAACCAAGAGAUCCCAAGGCAGACAAUAUGCGACUUUGGACGACAAUGACGCCAAUCUGGCCGCCCCGGUGGACAUCUCGUCUCUGGAGGGCAUGGGGUGGGAGCUGACCGAUAUGUCCAGCUCGGACACGGCGCGUCUCCAAGACGAGCAGACUGAAUAUGUUCGGCCACACCAAGGUAGUGGGAAACCCGAUUUUCGGUCCUUCGUUGAAAAGCGUCGCUCGGUCGGCGAAGGCAUGAGAGACAUUGGUGUCCAACUCCGACGUGAUCCCACCAAGGUUGCGAGAAGGCCAUCGGACGAACCACGAAGUGCCCAAAGCACGGGAAUCGAUCGCACCAAGACGGUGCGAGAAUUUGGCCGGAGUCUGGCCCAAGAGAAGAAUAUCAUUGUGGAAGUCGAAGAGGCUAUUGAUUUGAGCUCUCUUGAAGGCGGCCAGACGGACCAGCGGCGCACUCAGACAUUUGAAUCUAUGUCCAUGCACCAGAGUAUGAUGCCGCAAGAGACCAAGAGCUAUUACUUCCCAGAAGACCCAGACAUACCGAACUGGAAGCCCUGGUCGAUGAGCAGCGUUUACAUCUUAUCCCUGAUGGCCCUUGCAUUGGGCUUGGCAGGGUUUCAGGAGUAUCUCUGCCAGUGGUCACAAAAGACGGUCCGACAAAAGAGUGGGAUCCUGGCAUUCAAUCAAGUGGCUGAUAUAUCGUUAUGGGACUUUUUCGCAUGGAAGUAUCUUCCCACCAUGAUCACCAUCGUCUACGCCGUCAUGUUCUCCAUCAUGGACUUUGAUAUUCGUCGCCUUGAACCUUUCUAUCAACUCUCACGGCCGCGUGGUGCGCGUGCCGCCGCCAGCCUCAAUCUCGACCACUUGACCAUGUUUCAAUAUUUUGUUCCUUUCAAGGCGUUUCGACUGAAGCAGUGGGCCGUCUUGUUCUCCACCACAGGGAACAUCAUCGCAUCGAUGGCGGCACCAGCACUCCAAAACCCCUCCAUUGUCUUUGUCACCAAUCCGAACCCCGAGUGCAACGAUGACGGUUGCGGUGAUUCGGACGAGAAACAUUACUGGGUGCGAAUCUCUCCCGUGUGGUCUCGAUUACUUUCGGCCAGCUACGUUGUGGUGGCCAUCAUGCUGGUGAUUUUGUUCAUCCAACUGAGGCGAAAGUCCGGCUUGCUCAGUGAUCCCAAGGGAAUCGCGGGCAUCGCGUCCAUGGCCACCAAAUCGCACAUUCUUCAAGAUUUUGCCGGACUUGAUGAGGCCACCCGGGGCAAGAUCCAUAAACGCCUCCAGCAUCGACGAUUCGUGCUCUACAAAUCUUCCAUUUGGCAGGGUGAGUGGAGUGCGACGAAUGAGCCUAUCCAGGAGAGUGAAAGAAAGCUCACCAGUCCGCAUCCGAUCAUGCUUCGGCUUGAGGCGGGCAUCCCCUUCCUCCUUUUCAUGGUUUUCUGUCUUGCAGCCGUACCCAUCAUCACCUUGACACCGGCCCGGGUCAUUCCCAACGUGGCUCCGUGGCUCCCGAUACUUUUUGCCACAUUGUUGAAAUUAUUAUUCAGCACAUUUGAAGCAGAUGUACGGCUGAUGGAGCCUUUUUAUCAACUCUCCAAGGGCAAUGCCACGCCACAGAACAGUUUGACACUGGAUUAUCAAUCGACGGUUUAUGGAUGGAUGCCAUUCAAGGCCCUGUGGAACAGACACUUCAUUGUGGCGCUGGUGGGAUUCUCGUCCGUGACCUUGGAUAUUUUGACCGUGACGGUGAGUUCGUUCUCCGUCAACUCGGGCGAUUUCAUCAAGACAAGGUCGAGACCAGAAGAGCGGUCCAACGGCGAUGAAACCUUUGUGUCUUUUUGGGCGUCUUUCGUUCUGUCCGUGGUCAUUCUGGUGUUUGUGAUUUUGACCACGUCUUUGGUAUAUCUUCGACGACGGCACCCGUUCCUCCCGCGAGAACCAUCGACCAUCGCCGCCGUGUUGGCAUUCAUUUACGCGAGCAACAUGCUCACCGACUUCGUCGACACAGAAAGAUUGAACAACAAGCAGAUGGAGACUAGACUCAAGACGAUUGGCAAACGGUACGGAUUGGGAUGGUUCAAAGGACGAGACGGACAGAUCCAUUGUGCGAUCGAUGAAGAACCGAUGAGGAGUAAAUAUGUGCAUGGGAAACCGUAUACGAUGGCGCAGGCUGGACCGCUUCAGCCUCACGAGACUUUUUAUUCUGUAUAG